AUGGACUUGCUCCUGCGAAACCGAGCUGAAUCGGUUCGGGGAUUGAGCCUAAUUAGAUUGAUCAUAACAUCAUAUCGUUCCAUCGCCUUGGAAUGCAUUGCAGGUGAUUGGAAUUCCAAGAUGGGAAUGAAGGAGGUGAUGGUGACGGUGGUCAUCUACCUGUUGGGGGCGUUUUAUGCGACUCUUAGCCUCAUCGCCGCUCUUUGGGAUUGGGCCAAGUAUUCCUUCAGCUUCUGGGGCUAUCGUUCCCGACCAGUUCCUCCGCUGUGUCUUUCCAAUCCAGAACUCGGCACGCAUGGAUAUGCCAGACUUAAGGACUUGUCGCUGCACUACGUGGCGAAGGGAGAUCAGAAUAAUCCAUUAAUGCUUUGUCUUCAUGGAUUCCCCGAGUUUUGGUACUCGUGGAGACACCAGCUUCUCGAGUUCUCCAAUCAGUACUGGGUGGUUGCAGUAGACUUGAGAGGAUAUGGGGAAUCUGAUAAGCCGGAAGACAAGCACGCCUACCAUAUGAAUAAUCUCGUGGACGACAUCUGUCAGCUCAUACCUGCACUCGGGAAGGAGAAAUGCGGAGUGCUGAUGGCCCACGAUUGGGGCGGCGCCUUGGGAUGGAGGUUCGUGUCUGAACACCCGGAACUGGUGGAGAAAUUCAUCGCCUUCAACUGCCCCCAUCCGUCCGCCUUCCUUUCCACCAUUCGAUCUUCGUUGAAGCAGUUUCGCAUGUCCUGGUAUAUGUUCCUGUUCCAAUUGCCGUGGUUUCCGGAAGCCCUGUUCCGAAUCUGUGACAUGGCGGUACUGGAUGAAUCUUUCCGGGGGAGAGAUAAGAAAAAAUCCCGGAUCACGGAUGAGGAUAUCGAGGCCUACAAGUUCAACUUCUCCAAACCAGGUUCCCUGACACCCCCUAUCAACUACUACCGUUGCAUCGAUUUCGCGGGAGGCGGGAAGGAGAAGUGGAUGAAGAAAAAGAUAAAAACACCAAGCAUGCUCGUUUUUGGCACGGGAGACGUCGCGAUUUCCACGGAGACGGCGGAUGCCACGUCCCGGUACGUGGAAGGAUUGAAGAUGGUGAAACUUCCUGGGGUGAGUCAUUGGGUUCAGCAGGAAGCGCCCGACCAGAUGGGAAUGAAGGAGGUGAUGGUGACGGCGGUCAUCUACCUGCUGGGGGCGUUUUAUGCGACUCUUAGCCUCAUCUCCGCUCUUUGGGAUUGGGCCAAGUAUUCCUUCAGCUUCUGGGGCUAUCGUUCCCGACCAGUUCCUCCGCUGUGUCUUUCCAAUCCAGAACUCGGCACGCAUGGAUAUGCCAGACUUAAGGACUUGUCGCUGCACUACGUGGCGAAGGGAGAUCAGAAUAAUCCAUUAAUGCUUUGUCUUCAUGGAUUCCCCGAGUUUUGGUACUCGUGGAGACACCAGCUUCUCGAGUUCUCCAAUCAGGUGGUUGCAGUAGACUUGAGGGGAUAUGGGGAAUCUGAUAAGCCGGAAGACAAGCACGCUUACCAUAUGAAUAAUCUCGUCGACGACAUCCGUCAGCUCAUACCUGCACUAGGUGCUUACAGCAACAAACUCAUGGGAAUGAAGGAGGUGAUGGUGACGGCGGUCAUCUACCUGCUGGGGGCGUUUUAUGCGACUCUUAGCCUCAUCUCCGCUCUUUGGGAUUGGGCCAAGUAUUCCUUCAGCUUCUGGGGCUAUCGUUCCCGACCAGUUCCUCCGCUGUGUCUUUCCAAUCCAGAACUCGGCACGCAUGGAUAUGCCAGACUUAAGGACUUGUCGCUGCACUACGUGGCGAAGGGAGAUCAGAAUAAUCCAUUAAUGCUUUGUCUUCAUGGAUUCCCCGAGUUUUGGUACUCGUGGAGACACCAGCUUCUCGAGUUCUCCAAUCAGUACUGGGUGGUUGCAGUAGACUUGAGGGGAUAUGGGGAAUCUGAUAAGCCGGAAGACAAGCACGCUUACCAUAUGAAUAAUCUCGUCGACGACAUCCGUCAGCUCAUACCUGCACUAGGGAAGGAGAAAUGCGGAGUGCUGAUGGCCCACGAUUGGGGCGGCGCCUUGGGAUGGAGGUUCGUGUCUGAACACCCGGAACUGGUGGAGAAAUUCAUCGCCUUCAACUGCAUUCAUCCGUCUGCCUUCCACUCCACCAUUCGAUCUUCUUUCAAGCAGUUUCGUAUGUCCUGGUAUAAGUUCCUGUUCCAAUUGCCGUGGCUUCCGGAAGCUCUCUUCCGAAUCAAUGACAUGGCUAUACUGGAUGAAGCCUUUCGGGGGCGAGAUAAGAAAAAAUCCCGGAUCACAGAUGAGGAUAUCGAGGCCUACAAGUACAACUUCUCCAAACCAGGUUCCAUGACACCCCCUAUCAAUUUCUACCGUUGCAUCGAUUUCGCGGGAGGCGGGAAGGAGAAGUGGAUGAAGAAGAAGAUAAAAACACCAAGCAUGCUCGUUUUUGGCACGGGAGACGUCGCGCUUUCCACGGAGACGGCGGAUGCCACGUCCCGUUAUGUGGAAGGAUUGAAGAUGGUGAAACUUCCUGGGGUGAGUCAUUGGGUUCAGCAGGAAGCGCCCGACCAGGUCAACAAACUCAUCUGGGACUUCCUGAACAACUAA